CAGCAGCCGAGCGUUGAUUGGCCGCGGUCGGCUCGUUUCCGGUGGAGCCGUCGCGGAGCCGCUAUCGCACAGUGGAGUGAGGCAGCAAGCCGAACCCUGAGGACGCCCGGUACCCCGGCAGCCUCGCUCCGCACAAGUCCCGCCCGCGCCGCCGCCGACCGUCCGCUGAGAACCAUGGCGUCUGGCAGUACCGCCAGCGAGGAAGAGCGGAGUCUCCGGGAAUGCGAGAUGUACGUGCAGAAGCACAACAUCCAGGCCCUGCUGAAGGACUCCAUCGUGCAGCUGUGCACGGCCCGACCCGAGAGACCCAUGGCGUUCCUGCGGGAAUACUUUGAGAGGCUGGAGAAGGAGGAGGCGAAACAGAUUCAGAAUCUACAGAAAACUGGCACUCGAACUGACUCAAGGGAGGAUGAGAUCUCCCCUCCUCCCCCCAACCCAGUGGUGAAGGGCCGUCGGCGACGUGGUGCUAUCAGUGCCGAGGUUUACACGGAGGAAGAUGCUGCUUCCUAUGUUAGAAAGGUUAUACCAAAAGAUUAUAAGACAAUGGCUGCUUUAGCUAAAGCUAUAGAAAAGAACGUGUUAUUUUCACACCUUGAUGAUAAUGAGAGAAGUGACAUUUUUGAUGCCAUGUUUCCAGUCUCUUUUAUUGCUGGAGAGACAGUUAUUCAGCAAGGUGAUGAAGGGGAUAACUUCUAUGUGAUUGAUCAAGGAGAAAUGGAUGUCUAUGUGAAUAAUGAAUGGGCAACCAGUGUUGGGGAAGGAGGGAGCUUUGGAGAGCUGGCUUUGAUUUAUGGAACACCUAGAGCGGCCACCGUCAAAGCAAAGACAAAUGUGAAACUGUGGGGCAUUGACCGAGACAGCUACCGAAGAAUCCUCAUGGGAAGUACUCUGAGAAAGAGGAAGAUGUAUGAAGAAUUCCUGAGUAAAGUAUCUAUUUUAGAGUCUCUGGACAAGUGGGAGCGUCUGACAGUAGCUGAUGCGUUGGAGCCUGUGCAGUUUGAAGACGGACAGAAGAUUGUGGUGCAAGGAGAACCAGGGGAUGAGUUCUUCAUUAUUCUAGAGGGCACAGCUGCUGUGCUGCAGCGUCGGUCAGAAAACGAAGAGUUUGUUGAAGUGGGGCGGCUGGGGCCUUCUGAUUACUUUGGUGAAAUUGCCCUGCUGAUGAAUCGUCCUCGGGCUGCCACUGUGGUUGCCCGUGGCCCUUUGAAGUGUGUUAAGUUGGACCGACCUCGGUUUGAACGUGUCCUUGGCCCAUGCUCAGAUAUCCUCAAGCGAAACAUCCAGCAGUACAACAGCUUUGUGUCACUGUCCGUCUGAGAUCUGCCUCCUGUGCCUCUCUCUUCUCCCCAGUCCAUGCUUCACUCAUGCAGACUGCUUUCUUUUCCCUAUCUGCAGCUCCAAGUGGCCACUGGCUUUACAGCUUCUUGUCUCUUUAUACUAAAAGUUGCUUUAUUGCACCAUUUUUCAUUUGGAGCAUUAAGAGAAUGCUCAUUCACAAAUAAAUAGAGAGUUCUAUGGACUUGGCUGUUACUGCUUCUCUCUGUGCAGUGCUAGAGUUCAACCUGGGCAGUGAGUGCCAGGCUUUUGGUGAGGGUGGUCCCUGCACCAGGGAAUUAAUUGCCACAAUGAUGAGCAGUGCAGGGGUUUUUUAAGUGACACCCAUUAUCAUUUCCAUAUGACACAAGUGACAUAUUUCGACUGUGGCCAUGUUUGCUGUAUUUCUUUAUAGAAUAAAUGAUUUUAACCUUUAAGGAUUAGAAGAAUGAAUAUAGAAAAAUCCUAGUACAGUAGAAAGACAUCUGCCUGUAAUUAAACUAGUUUAAGUGUGGGACGUGCCCAUGUUUUGCUAAUUACCAGACAGAUACAGCUAGUUCAGCCCGCUCAGCCUGGUUUUGUCUGUCUAUUGCUAGUGUUUCUCUUCCAACCCUGAAAUACUUUGGUGUGGCUGGCUCUGUAUUCCUGCCUUUUAAGUUUGAAAUCAAGUUGUAGAUGGCAAGCACUGGUCAUGACUUAACUAUGUCUGUCUCAGCUCACAGAUUCUGAUGAUAGCUUUUAUUUAUCCAGCUGGUGCCAAAUACUGAUAUGACAUGCAGAAUUGUGACUGAGAGCUUGAGGUCUACACUCUUGGUAGUUAACUGUGGUUAACUAGUGUGGUGUGCCCUCAGUUACUAAUUCUAGGAGGUUGGAUACACUGAGAACAGACAGAACACGCCCCAGAGAGAAGGAGAUGGAGGCAGUGUGGCUAAAGGUGGAUGGGAUGAGUUCAGGCGUCCAGAAACAGGAGUCACACUUGGGUUCAGUCUCUCGUCCAGGGUUAUGUCAAUGAGGGUGGGCAGGAUGUGGCUGUGUUGUGGUCUGAAAGGCCAUCUUGCUGAGAGUCCUGCCUUUUCCUGUCUAACCUUGAAUUUCUCUGGUAAACUUUAUUGUUAUUUUUUCUUCGUGUGUGUGUGUGUGUGUGUGUGUGUGUGUGUGUGUGUGUAUGUGUAUGUAACUUUUGUUUUGAGUCUUAACUGUAUUUCAGUGUUUUCCAGCCUUAUGUGUUACAUUAUUCCAGUGAUAAUCCAACAGUUUAUUUUUAUUACUGUUACUUUUUAAACAAAAUUUCACAGUUCGUAACUAGGCACGUUUAUCUUCAUUCUGACUUAUGUAUAAUGUCGGGUUCUAUUUGGGAGUGGCUGCAAGCAUUUUCCAUGUGUGUGCAAGAGGUUCUGAUUAAUAAUCUCUGCCUACCCUUUCCCAGUUAACUGAAAUUGUUGGUUAUGAUAAUAUUUUUUUCCUUGUUAGGUUAAAAAGCUUUUAGGUUGUUACUAACUUGGGAAAGGAGUUUCAUUUAAAUUUAGUGUGGGGUAGAAGCCGCCUUGUUGCCAUUUCUAAACCUUCAUCAUUAUAUAAAUGAGGGUUUUCUGUAUUUACUUUGUGUUUGCCUACCUUUUUAUAUUUAAAAAAUAAAAAUUAUGUUACUGGCUUAAAGCUUAAUUUGAUAUUUGUUUAAAUGCCAAAAAUGUACUUAAAUGAAUGAUGUAGAAUGCCAUAAAAUGCAUUUUCGUGUGUAUGUGUCCCCUGUUCUCAAAUACGGAGAUACGAACCCUGCUUUCUAAGAGUUCUCGAAACGCUAGCUUGCUGGGAACUCCCUUUUGUAGUUUUUACUCUUAGACUUUUCAAGAUAAGUCUAAAUUUAAAAAUUACCACAUUUAAAGCUUUAUCUUUGUGCAAUUUAAAUAUCAGUCAGAAGUCAUGGAUGGUAUACUGUGUCUUUGUGGGCUCUAGGCACCAUUCUCUCUGGAUGGAUUGGAUGAAUUUAGGAGAUCUGCUGAGAAAGCAGAGACGGCCAAAGGGACAGUUGCUGUUUCCUGGAUAUUAGUCUGAUAUACUGUGUGCUAAUCUAAUACACGCUGUUCUUUUGUUACAGAUUGUCUCAAUGGUAGGUCACGGAAUAAAAAAAUAUUAAAUAAUUUACAUUCUUAAAUGAA